CAAGUUUGUUUUUUGUAUUCAGUUGUAUUUUUACCUUAGUCACAAGCAACAUUUCAGUGUCUUAAAUUACCAAGUGCGUUUAACUUUAGUAAAUUUUAUAGUCCGAAAAUUGUAUAAGUGAUCUUUAAUGGAGGGUUUCGAGUAUGUGGUCAAUCCGCCAGAACAACCAAAAGUUGCCUUUGGCACUACAAUGGACCGUGAGGUUAUGCCAACGAGUGGCCCAUUUAUGGAUAGCUAUAUGAGACGUAAUCAACCCGAAGAGCGUCUUGGACCAGGUCCUUUUGAUUAUGAUUAUGCCACACCUAUGGGAUUUAAGUAUCCCUCCAAAACUGGCUUUUCUGCUUUAGUGAGUAAAGUGGCACGUUUACCAAGUACCACAGAAUUGGGAGUACCACCACUUGGCCUAUAUGAGGCCAAAGUUUGUGAACCAAAAAAUAUUUAUACUUUUGCCAAGACUCCCAAACAGAAAGAACCCAAAUGGAUGACGCCAGGAGCUUCAACCUAUUCGUAUCAUCUAAAAUACCCCAAAUGGGACGUGGAAAUGAGUUUUGGCACCAUUCGCAUUAUUUGGCCAGCAGUUGCUGUCUUUUGUAGUGCCAAUAACACAGCCAAAUGCAAUGUUUGCCAUCAAUUGCCAAUUGGUGAUUAUUUUCAUAAUUUCACCACCGACAAGGAUAUGUGCAGAAAGUGCAUGAACUCGCUAAUGAAUGUCAUACGUCGCUGUGAUCUUCAGGUGGUGGAAAGGUAUCGCAAACAUCGCGAUAUGAAGCAAUUUGUUCCGGCACGUUAUUGUGGAUUCUUUCAUGAGCAUAGUGGUACAGCGGCCGCCAUGGAGAAAACCUCACGCAAACAAUUACGCGACAAAAUACGUGUCGAGAAUUACUUGUAUCGUUUUGUCAGUAAGGUGGAGUAACCAUCUUCUUCUAUAGCUAAAACUUCUGUUUAAAUACAAGGAUGUUGAAACCAUUGAUGCAUA